CAUGAAUUAUCCUGCACUAAAACCUUUAGUGUUAUCUUAUCGACGCCUCUACUCACCGCCUACCGUUUCCAGCUCCGCAGAAACACUGCGGACCGCUUCAAGUUGACAUAACCGACCGGCAGAAUUUAUUUCCCGGAUGUGGACCGAGUCAAAAAGUUUCGGAGGCGCUCUCAACCUGAAGACAACAAGUUGGUGGCCACGUUACUAUAUUCUUCACUACGGUACCCUAUCUUGAUAUUUCGAACACAUACGAACACAUUACACCAUUGUGACCUGACCAUGGCGACCGAAGUAUGCGCAAGCUGCCAUGACCCGCUCCUCAUUGACGUGGAGCCGGACAGCGACGUCGAGGACAGCAAGGCUGUUGCGCAGGUGCAAAGCGUUCCGGACGACGUCAACCUGAGCUGUGGGUGCCAUUAUCACUGGGAGUGUUUUCUAGAUGCCUACACGAUUACGCAAUGCCCGAAUUGCUCCAAAGACAUCUCGUCGCUUUCUCCAAGCGGCUCCCAACGGGUUCUGGUGACGCUACGAAAUGAAGGCGGUGUACAAGAAGGAUAUGACAUUUUGCCAGCUGCCACGGAGGAGGCGUAUCUGCGGGCAUACCCAGAGGAGCGGAAGGGCCAUGCAUUCCUGGAGUUCUGUCGCGAAGGGGAUAUCGACGCCAUCAUACACAUGAUCAAGGAUGACGAAGGCGGGGAGCAAGAAGACGAAGAAGAGGCCGGCCACACCGACUUACUUCGGUACAGCGGGACGUUUGAGGGCAUUGAAGGGUCGGGACUGCACGUCGCCAUCCGCUACCAGCAGCAAGAGGUAGCGUGGCUGCUACUCGCCCUCGGGUCUCAGCUACCGUGGGACAAAUUUCCAGACAUCGUGCUUCAAGCCAUGCAAGGCUUGGGGCUUAGCAAGGAGGACAGAAACGGAGAUCCUGAUAUCCGGACAGUGUUGGAUAGUGAGGGUCGGAGCCCGGCAGUUCUCGCGCAAGAAGUUGGAGGUGUCUGGGAUGAAUGGCUUCGUGCAGGACGACUGAAUCCUUGAAAUCGUGGUGGCAAGCUGUACAGUAGGCUCAAUAUCUAUUGUCUUGUUUUGUCCUGUUCUAUCGUGUCUCACACCCAGAAUUCUCUAUGCAACCAAGGAAAAAGGUCGCUAGAGAUCUAAAGCAAUAGGGGUGAAAGUUUUGCUCUCCGACAUCCGAGUGAAUCAUAGCACCAUGGUGGUGUUUCAUGCCUGAUGCAAAGAAGAUGCCGGGGUUUGAUUGCGGGAAAAAUUCAAAAUGCGUACCUCGACCGACGCCGCCAUUGUAUGCAUAGCAUAAUGUGGGUAUCAGAAAACGCUGUUGGUCUGGGACAGCAGCUAUAUCACAGCCGCAGCACUCAAGAACUCUUUGCAGUAUUA